UGUCGCAGGAAAUAACUUGUCUUUCAGCCGUACGUAGCGAGCGCAGAAAAAGUACCCUGUUUUUAAAACUUAAUUCUAUAACUAAGUAUAUACGUAUAAACACAAAUAUUUAAUAAUAUGCACAAAUUGCAUUAAAAAUUAACUGCUGAUAUAUUAAGGUUGUCCCGUGGGAAGAAAAUUAAGUUGGUGCCUUCAAGCAACAGAGGUGUUAGUAAAUCUGUUACAAGUAGGGGUGGGCAGCGAGGAUAGUAAAAACAAACGAGAACGCCUACUGAAAAGUAGCUAUAAAGGAAAACUUAAAUUAUAUUUAGAUUCCAAAUAACAAGCAAAAUUAAGUUGAAAAUACUGACAAAAAUGUCUACAUUAAGUGACACGCCCACGCAAGAAGAGAUGACGUCAGCUGCAACGCCGGCGGUAUUACCAACGAGUAUGUGUGGGAGUGACUACAAAAUACCUAAUGAAAGUAACACACAAAUCAAGGGAUCGGUUGCUGUCCCUCCAGCAUUGCAAUCGGAAAUAAAACACGAGCCGCCAGAAGAAAUUUAUGAUACUCCACAUGAUAUGUCAAAUUCGUAUGACACAUAUAAUAAUAGUAACACCAAUAGUCCGAAAAUUCGUCUUACGCCCACUAUUAAACUAAUGCCGCUGCCGAAUCCUGUGGAUCCUAAACGGAGGUUUGCUUGCCCCUAUGAAAAUUGCACGAAAAGUUAUGGAAAAAGUUCCCACCUUCGUUCACAUUUAACCUGGCACACUGGCAUCAAACCGUUUGUGUGUUCGGAAUUGAACUGCGGUAAGGGAUUUACAAGAUCCGAUGAGCUUAACCGUCAUUUGAGAACGCAUACAGGAGAAAAGCCCUUCGAAUGCAUACAGUGUACAAAAAAGUUCGCACGUAGUGAUCACCUUACUAAGCACCUUGCCACUCAUGCAAAGCAAAUGCAAAAUAGCUUCAGCAGCGCCAAAAAGCCACGAACCCAAGUAGAUGGAAACCGUACAAAAAAAGAAAGUUAUGCGAUUGAAUCAGCCGAUUCGAAAAAUAACUUUGAGGAUACCGAUAACAUAGAAAAAGAAAUCCAAUAUGGGAACGGUAUGCAUUUUAUGGCGACGCUUCAACAAAAUCGCAGUAAUGUAGAAUCGAAAAAUUCAACUGGAUCCGAAUCUAAGCCAAUAGCUGAACAUGUCACUGAUGACGCCUUGCUUGAUCAUAGACCGAUAAAAAUAAAAUUGGAACGGCCUGAAAACAGUAACGAAUAUCACGUUGUAUCACCAGAUACGAGAGUAACUGGUCUGUUUUCUAAGGCUCCGAAGGAAAAUACCUCUAAUUCGGGAUCAGAUUAUCAAUUGCCUAAAUUGGCAUCCCCAGUCGACGAAUUCAAACCCGAAUCACAGCCACCAAAUUGUUGCACUUCCACAGAAAUAAAAAAGGAUCAUAGUACCGUAAGUAUAUCAGCUGACGGUGCAUUUAUGGGAUGGCCAGAGAUCGGGAAGGAAAGUUUGGAGGAAACUCAUGACCCACAUCGUCCUUGGCGAUGUAAGUUAUGUACGAAAUCUUUUAAAAGACAGGACGAUCUUAAUCGCCACCUUCGCACGCAUACUGGAGAGAAACCAUUCGCAUGUGUAGCAUGUGAGCGACGGUUUAUGCGUAGCGAUCAUUUAAAGAAGCAUCUCAAAACACAUACUAAUUUGCGGUAGUCGUAUUAAACAAAUGAUUGGAAUGUGUACAAAAUAUCAGUAUGCAUACAUAAUAUGUAGGUAUAUUUAAAUUUGAAUCUGUCGUUUAUAAUGCAUACUUUUGAGGGGUUAAAUCAAGAAAUAAACUGUUAGUUUUGUUCGUUUUUCGUUAUAUCCAACUAUAGAAAAUCGAAGCAAAAUACAGACUAGCCGUUUUAAGUAUUAUAAUUUUUAUCUGAUAUAAAAAUAGGCCCUUAUAAUAUAUACAUUUAUAUGUAUGUAUGGGCUUGUUCGAGUCGCAAUCAAAACAGCAGUGUUGGGCG